GUCCCCUCUGUUGACAGCCAAGACCGGAAGUAUCGCCAGCAGCCACCUGGUUCUCAGCCCUUUGGCCCUAUCUCAGUUCAGCAGUUAUAAUUUUGUGUUAAAAAAAUGUCAAGAACUAAUCGGAUUGUAAUUGAUACGGAGGUACAACAUCGUGAUGCCUUAAACGGAACGCGAGAACGAAGCGGAUGUCGAUGUCAGCAUGAAACUGCUGUAAGACCCGCUCACAGCGAACAGAAUGACCUCAGGGGAAGAGAAAGACCACACAGUCACUCUGUAGCAGAGCCACAGCCAGAGGCUCCUUUGGUGGAUGACUGCGAGAGGCUGGGCACUCUUUUUGGGGAGCUCAAUAAGUGUUUGAGGGGCAUUGGUUUCACCCAGCUUUACUUCGGAGAGAAGAUCGUGGAGCCUGUGGUUGUGCUGGUGUUUUGGAUGCUGCUCUGGUUCCUGGGUAUCCAAGCCCUCGGUCUUGUAGGAACUCUAUGCAUUGUUAUCAUUUAUAUCCAGAAAUAACAGAUCUGAAGACGGACACACAUGAAGGUUCAUUUGCCACCCGCAGCCAGUGCCAGUGAAAGAGAGGAGAGACUCCUUUCUAUAAAAGAUGAGCUUCAUGAAUGUCAUUUGAAAGUUUUACCUGUUCCGUAUAUUUGAGUCUGUGCCCUUUGCCUUCUUUUAAUGUGGGUAUAUAAUAAGAGGGUGAGUUAAUGAAAUUAGUCAGAGGAUUUACCUUAACUACUGGAAUGAACCGUGCGUUAGCUGUGAAAAGUACUUUUGAAAAGCAUGCUUCCCUUCCAUAUUUGCAUUGACAAAAAUGGGUGCAUAUUGAUAUGCUGACUAUUGGAUAACCAGAUUCUAAUAACAGCUGUACAUAUCAGUUAUACGGUCAUUACCGUUGUUGAAUGUAUUUCUCUUAUUCACCCGGAUGUCAGUCUUGCAUUCUCCUCACAAUUGCACUAGAGGGCAACCUUCCUCAUUUUCCCCUAAACACGUCUUGGGAAAAAUACCAGGGAAUAAUAAUCAUUCUGUAUUAAAACUUGAAUGUGUUAAUACUACUGCAUGUGAAUGUUUUGGGGCUGCUGGGAUAACUUUGAAAGUAUGCAUUAAAUAAAAUGCUCUAGUAGUCUAAGUAAUAGAAGAAACUGUUUAAAAUCAAACCUUUUAUGAUAAAAGAAAUACAUCAUAUACUGUAAAUUCCUAUUUGAUGUUAUUAUUAGUUUGAUUUUACUGUAAUCUGCUCAUGUUGUCUGUUCUUUUCAAAGAUUCAUGUAGCAAUAUCAGUAACAAUGAAAUCCAAGGGAUUAUUUCAUAACGAAAAUAUUUAGUAUGCAGAAGUAUGAAAAGGCUUGUUUUUAUUGCACUUAAGCUUUUUCUUUAUGAAUUAUGAAUUAUAAUAUUUGAAAGUUAUUGUACGAACUCUAAAUUUUUAAGCAAGGAUAAGCUGCUCUUUAUGUUACUGUGAAUAUCUUUGCAAGAUGGCAUCACUUCAUAUUCAUGAAAAUCAUCAUGAUUCAAAGGCUUUAUUUGGUAUGUAAUACUCCAAUUUAUAAUUCAUAACUG